AUGCCCGUGGUUAAAGUUGAGAAAGAAAUAUCCUCCGAUGUUUCUCCAUCUACCGCCAGCACUCCCACGGAGGAAAUCCCCAGAGGCCGCAGGAGGAAACGGCCCCUUCAACGGGGCAAACCCCCUUACAGUUACAUCGCGCUGAUUUCUAUGGCCAUCGCUAACUCUCCGGACCGUAAACUGACUUUGGGGGGGAUUUACAGAUUUAUCACGGAGAAGUUUCCAUUCUACCGGGACAACUCCAAGAAGUGGCAAAAUUCUAUACGUCAUAACUUGACGCUUAACGACUGCUUCAUCAAGAUACCACGUGAGCCCGGGAGGCCCGGAAAGGGCAACUACUGGGCCCUGGACCCCAAUGCCGAGGACAUGUUCGAGAGCGGAAGCUUUCUCAGGCGAAGGAAGCGCUUCAAGCGAUGCGAUUUAUCCACCUACCCGGCAUACGUCCACGACACCCCCGUGUUCACACAGAUGCAGGUGACCCGGUCUUCGUAUUCCGGCUCCAUGUAUUCCAACGUGGCAGUAAACCCGUCCUACGGACAGCAGAUAACAUCGCCGUACUAUGCACCCUCCUCGCCGAACUUCAGUCCCGGCCAGUCCCGAAUGUUUGGCAUCAGCGGCUUCAUCGGGCACCACAGCGGAAUGGGACCCGGCGCUGACCUCAUCCAGCAGCCUGGCGGCAGUUUCAGUCCGGAUCUCGGCUCGGCCAACUCCUGCAACCUGCCUGGCGCGAGCUUCCAAACCCAGUCUUGCAGAGGGGCGAUGCUGACCCGGCCCUCCAAUCACGCGUCUUUCUCCUACACACUGCCAAACGGACACCUGUCGGGACAGAGCACAUAUUCGCAGGCGAACAAUCAGAUUUACGGGCCUUCGGGUCGAUUUGGGAUUCCUGGUUCUUCUAUAGUGGCGAAUGACUGUGUGGACCCGUACGGGAGAAUGUCUCCCGUCUUGCCCCCGUCGUUAGCUCAGUAUAGCGGCGGUGAUGGCAUGGCUACCACAAACCCCUAUCUCAGACACCAAGCAUAUUCUGGUAACAUGGAAAGAUUUGUGUCUGCAAUUUGAUAUAGGCUACAAAUAGGCCUAACACUUGGACGGUUCACUUGAAUUGCUACAUUGGCUUGUUCGAUGCUCGUGGGAGAACUGUUGAAUUUUUUUUUCCUUAGGUGUGCUGGCCUGUUCGUAUGGGAAUACGAGAAUCCGUUUGGUUGCACCCGUUGAACUGAUAGCACUGUUAUAUCCAUUUAGUCACAAAAAUUGUGGCAAAUUUUACUGUUGUUCUCAUGCCACGAAAAUGCCACCAUGGCACGAGCCCUGAGCGCAGAGUAACGUUGGCAGUGAUCUAAACUAGAUUUGGGAACCUGAUGCGAGUUAUUUUCUGAACAGAACAUUUUUGUGAUGUGAAUCUCAUGUUAAUAUUUAAUUUGAAUCUGUGGCUGCAUGGAGCCAUUAAUUGACUCCGACCUCCUCUUUUUUAAAAUACCACUCGACAGUGUGUGAUGGUUUUCUGAUAUGUAGGUCUAUGAAUUCGUAACUUCAGUUCUCUGUGUUGUUUGUUGUAUCCGUGUUUUACUGACUAUAUGCUUCAUGAGAAAAUAAAAACAGAUAUCCACAAAAAAUUGGCCUAACUGUUUAUUUCAUAAAUACAAGGCAUAGAGACAUAAUAAUCUACAAUUAGACUCUGUCGUUAAAAUAAAAUAGGCUAAAUAUUAGUUUACUCACGAGUCAGUAUGAAAUAUGUUCAAGUUCAAUGCUUGUAUAA